AUGGAAAGCUUUGCGAAUCGUUACGAAUCAAAAGGCAAGACGUUUGAGCCAAAUGCUGGGCACAAUAACAACACAGAGCUGCUUGAUCAUCGAUCUCUUGGUAGAAAUUUGGGGAUGAUGCAGCAGUAUAAAUUUUUUGGGUCAGCAUCAUUUUCACAAAUUCAGAGAAGCCCUUUGUUUUCGUCAUUGAAUUCCGAAGAUGUCAGCUACUUCAAGGAGAUAUUAGGUGACAAAAACGUGAUUGAAGAUGAAGAGAGGCUCGAGACUGCAAAUACAGAUUGGAUGCAUAAGUACAAGGGAUCUAGUAAGCUGAUGCUCUUGCCCAAGAACACAGAAGAGGUGUCUCAAAUACUGAAGUACUGUGAUUCGCGGAGUUUGGCUGUUGUUCCUCAAGGAGGAAACACCGGUCUUGUGGGUGGAAGCGUGCCUGUCUUUGAUGAGGUGAUCAUCAAUCUUAGUUUGAUGAAUAAAGUCUUAGCCUUUGAUGAGGUUAGCGGUAUCUUGGUGUGUGAAGCAGGAUGCAUUCUGGAAAAUCUGGCAACUUUCCUCGACACGAAAGGUUUUAUUAUGCCUCUAGACUUAGGUGCAAAAGGAAGCUGUCAUAUCGGUGGAAAUGUUUCAACUAAUGCUGGUGGUUUGCGACUUAUCCGUUACGGCUCUCUUCAUGGAACCGUAUUGGGUGUUGAAGCUGUCACAGCAAAUGGCAAUGUGCUUGACAUGCUUGGGACUUUACGCAAAGAUAAUACUGGUAGUGAAGGAUCACUUGGUAUUGUAACUAAAGUUUCUAUACUCACACCACCAAAGUUGUCUUCUGUAAAUGUAGCCUUUAUCGCAUGCAACGAUUAUCUCAGCUGCCAGAAAAUUCUUGUUGAAGCAAAAAAAAACCUUGGAGAGAUACUAUCCGCGUUCGAGUUUCUUGAUAACAGUUCCAUGGAUUUGGUACUUAACCACUUAGACGGCGUACGUAAUCCGAUUUCCUCUUCAGAUAACUUUUAUAUUCUGAUUGAGACAACGGGGAGUGAUGAAACUCAUGACAGGGAGAAGCUUGAAGCUUUCUUGUUAAAAUCACUAGAGAAAGGUUUAGUUUCUGAUGGUGUAAUCGCUCAAGAUAUUAACCAAGCAUCCUCAUUUUGGCGCCUACGAGAGGGCAUAACAGAGGCCUUACAGAAAACAGGAGCCUUUUACAAGUAUGACUUAUCCUUACCGGUUGAAGAGAUUUACAAUCUUGUCAACGAUCUUCGAGAGAGAUUAGGUGACUUAGCAAAUGUUAUGGGAUAUGGUCACCUUGGAGAUGGGAAUCUGCAUUUAAACAUCUCAAUCGCGGAAUAUAACGAGAAAGUUUUAGGUUUAAUAGAACCGUUUGUCUAUGAGUGGACAUCAAAGCACCGUGGAAGCAUCAGCGCAGAGCAUGGAUUAGGUGUUAUGAAAGCUGAAGAAAUCUUCUACAGCAAAUCACCAGAAACCGUUGCGUUAAUGGCUUCUAUUAAAAAGUUGCUGGACCCUAAGGGAAUUCUUAAUCCAUACAAAGUUCUUCCUCACUCUGCCUUCUCUCCCUAA